AUAGUAGUUAUUGCUUCCAGCGCGAGACCACCCUUCAAUCGCAGCGGGAGCGAUCCGUGUGUGGACCUCUAUACAUUCUGUUUCGUUUUUUAACAGUAAGGAGUGAUAAAACGUCUCGGCGGAGCAGAUCGAUUGCGGUUUUUGCGGCGAAUAAUGUGCUUUGAUUGAUAGUUGCCAGCGAGCAAACGGCACAGGAAGCGUUCGGGCGUCCGAAUAUGGUAUUUUCCAGCGGCGAACGGGUCCAGUAGUGCAGAAAAGUUGGAUUUUCCGAUUCAGGGGGCCAGGCCAUCAUCGGGGGAAUCAUCCCAAUCCCAUCAUCAUUAAAGUGAAAGGAAAGUGGAAAAGGCAUUCGCCCAAUCGACCCGUCGUCGUCGUCGAGAGAAGAGAGAGUGCGAGAGAAAGUGAGAGCGAGAGUAAGAGCACAUUGAGAGAUAGAGGUAGUAAAUUGGAAGUGAGAGUGCGUAGCAAAGGCAAAGGCAAGUGAAGUGUUUGCGGCGGCCUCUUUCGCGUGAAAUCAGAGGAGUAUCCUCCCAAUCGAGAGAGGGAGAGUGAGUGUGCCAGUGUAAAACGGAGAACGAGAGUGCAAAAUCUCCACGGUUCAAAAGGUGGAUAUUGGAUUUUUAUAUGUAAAGUAAUAUGGAGGAUCUGAAAGAUGGUGAUAUAUUUUAGUGAAAUGCAGAGUUAGAAACGAAUUUAUUUUCACGGAAAAGUGCACCAGAACGACGAAACGCUACAGGAGGACCCGAUUUAGGAUUAGUGAUUGGAGUUGAAGCCUUUCGGGACUAGUGGUGGCAGCCGUGAAGAGUUUGACGAAAUCUGCCCUCAAGUGAGUGGAGAUUGUGCGAAAGCCCCAACAAUUGAAAACUGCAGAUAAUCGAUAAAUCGGUGUUGAAUUUUUUUCCUCUCUCUGUGGCGGUGGCACCAGAAUAAAGUGUACGGGAAAAAGGCGAAUCUGUCCGGAAGGAAGAAGAGAAAAAGAAGAGGAGAGAAAGUCAGCACCCCUAAUUGUCCAUCGGCUUUUCUUUCUCGGGAUAGUUCAUUACUUUGCAUUACGGCAAAUUAGGCAAAAGGAAUCGAAAGUGUUCAGUAGCUGCUAAAUCUUCCCUCUCGAGACUGCGUCAGGAUGAAUGAGCUGGAAGCGCUUAGACAGGAAGCGGAAACGCUGAAGAAUGCGAUCCGAGACGCCCGGAAGGCAGCCUGUGACACAUCGUUGGUCCAGGCGACGAAUAAUCUGGAACCCAUCGGUAGGAUACAGAUGCGGACCAGACGUACCCUGCGCGGUCACUUAGCUAAGAUCUAUGCCAUGCACUGGGGCUGUGACUCCAGAAACCUGGUUUCCGCCUCGCAGGACGGUAAGCUGAUCGUUUGGGACUCGCAUACGACGAACAAGGUCCAUGCGAUCCCGUUGCGAUCGUCCUGGGUCAUGACCUGUGCGUAUGCGCCGUCAGGUAACUUCGUUGCUUGCGGUGGACUGGACAAUAUUUGUUCGAUCUACAACCUGAAAACUAGAGAGGGAAAUGUAAGAGUAUCACGUGAGCUUCCGGGACAUACAGGAUAUCUUUCCUGUUGCCGGUUUCUUGAUGACAACCAGAUUGUCACCAGUUCCGGCGAUAUGUCCUGUGGGCUGUGGGACAUUGAAACGGGCCAGCAGUGUACAUCGUUCCUGGGACACACUGGCGACGUGAUGGCACUGUCCCUAUCUCCUCAGUGCCGUGUUUUCGUGUCGGGAGCCUGCGACGCUUCCGCCAAGCUAUGGGACAUCCGCGAGGGCCAGUGCAAGCAGACCUUCCCGGGGCACGAGAGCGACAUCAACGCCGUUACCUUCUUCCCCAAUGGGCACGCAUUCGCAACCGGUUCGGACGACGCCACCUGUCGUCUGUUCGACAUCCGUGCCGAUCAGGAAUUGGCCAUGUACUCGCACGACAACAUCAUCUGCGGUAUCACUUCGGUAGCAUUCUCCAAAUCCGGUCGCCUGCUUCUGGCCGGCUACGAUGACUUCAACUGCAACGUGUGGGACACGAUGAAGGCCGAACGGGCGGGUAUCCUGGCAGGACAUGACAAUCGCGUAUCGUGCUUAGGAGUCACCGAGAAUGGCAUGGCCGUUGCGACCGGUUCCUGGGAUUCGUUCCUGCGCGUCUGGAACUAAGCAGCCCGUGAACGGGAGUUCAGCUACGUACACAAAACACACAUCCGCACAAACACACGCCCACAGCUAAAUGCAUCACACACGAACACACAUACAGACACAAUUAUUUUACAGAACAAAAGCUAGGAAUCAGUCAGCGCCGACGAGGUAAACAAAAGCAUUUCAUCAAAGCAACCAAUGCAUUCAAAACACACACACACAAACAUACACUCAAAAAUGAGUCAAAAACGAGAAGAUUGAUCCUACAAAGGGAACCGAAUUUUAGUUUGUUUUAAGGCGACGGAUAUGUGCAUUUUUUUUCAAAAACAAAAUGUUCUCAAAAAAUUAAGUAUGUUGAUUCUUUAGGUUUUUAGGGACGAUUAGCACAAACUUUUUUCAAAACGGAAAUCUCGUUGUAAUAGUUUUUAAUCUUUGCGCGCAAUUAUUUAUUUUGAAAAAAAAAUCGGUUAUAAGCUUUUUUACUCUACUACUAUUUCCGUGCAUAUAUUAUUAUAUGUAGUUAAGAGGAGUCAAACAAUUUUAUGUUUAUUUUUUUUUGUCAAAGUCGUAGAUUUACCAUUGUUUUUUAUUUAUCAAACCUAAACUAUUAUGUACGUGAAUGUUAGACUGCAGAGGAAUCUUGAACUCCCGUAAGAGAGUUCUUUUCGUUUAGUUUUUCGUUGAUUAUUUAUGUAACAGGCAGGCUGCUCCUAGAACGACUCAUCGGAGUUUGACGCACACCGGAAAGGAGUAGGCCACGCACAAACACAGAGGCCCUUGAUAAAUGGUUGUCAGAUAGUCGUCAGCUAGUUUGACGCGCGAUCAACUAGGAUGGCUUCAGGGCAGCUUAUUCGCGUCAUAGCUGAUUUCGCGUUUAUUUCUUCUCGUGUAUUACAUUCGAGUAUUGUUUAAGGGGCUGCUUUUCAGCUGUAUUAGAUUUUCUAUUUGAAGCAAAAGUGUUAUUCCUUCUAUUUGUACACACAAACAUAUACAUAUAUGGGAACGAUAAUCUAUUUAUACACAAACACAACUUUGUAUUUAUUUAUAUUUAGUCUGUACAAUCAACCUCUAUUGAGCGAGAAGGAAGCAUAAAAAAGAAUGGAAAUUUUAAGAAGAAGAAGAAGAAGAAGGCAGUGUUGCCAGAAUCGCUCCACUGUGCAAGAGCUCCCAAGGGGCGAUAUCUUAACGGAAAUGAAAUGAAAGGGUCACGCAGCAAGCGAACCCUGAAAUGGCAAACCAUAACGGAGUUUCCCGCUAGGAUACUGAGCUUCUGCAUCCGGAGGGAUUCUAAGGAGGCGUAAUCUUUGCGUUUUUGAGACCCAUUUUAUUCGGUACCAAAUGCUCUCCUCAUUCGAAGCCAUAUUAAUUUACGCCGUAUUUUUAGAUUGUAUAAUGUAUGUAUCAGUAGUAGUGCGAAACGGAGAGAAACAAUAGGAUGGAGCACCUAAUCAUUCGCAGGGUUACCUAAAUUCGAGCAAGAAAUUUUGUUGCGCUAGUCAGUAUCGGGUGACAGCUCCUAUUCUUAUCCUUGUUGUGCACUUUUUUUUCUUCUUUCUAGACUAGUCUCUGUCCAGUAUUCCUUUCGCGUAGUAACAAACGAGACAACCAAAACACAUACAAAAUAGACAAAAGAAGCAUGGUCAUAUCUCAAGAAUUGUAUGAUGGAAAAAGAACAGAAAAAUAGAAAUGCCUAUAAACUAAAAUAAAAAAAAAAAACUAAUGCAUAUAAGACCAUUUUUAAAGAACAUAAACCUUGAUAAAAAAGGGCAGAAGUCGCAUCCAUAACAAGCAAAAAAAUACGCAUACUGUUUGAGUUGUUCUCGUAAAAGCAAAAUGAACCAUUACAAAAUAAAAACAUAAACACAUAUAGCGAUGAUAAGUGUGACAUGAGUAUUAUAGGAAAACAAACAAUGGUACAGAAAGAAUGGAACGAAUUAGUGCAAUCAACGCACACAUCGGUAAAAUCUAGCGAAACUACCAAACAACAACAACAACACCGGUCUGACGCAUCGGCACGCGCAUCACCACACACUGGCCAGCACGCUGUGGGAAGAAAGGGCUCUCUGACACAGAAGGCGGUGCCACCGUGCUCCGUCUUGCUGACAAGUGUGUCGUCGUGCAGGCAGGUGUCCGCCGCUAGGUGGCACUGCCUGCCUCAGUAUGCGUGCGCUCUGUGGUGCGUCUGGGUUGAGCCAUAGCGGUCGUUGUUCUAGUAGUAGCAGCACAUUUUCCACGAAUUAAAACACCAGGAUCCAAACGAUCCUGGUGUAAAACAAAAAACCACAUCCAAUCCUUGAACAACGCCCUAUAUCGAUCGACUGUGCCUAGAUCCAACCGUGCGUGUGUUAGUGUAUCGGAAAAUGAAUGUUCUUCGAACGGUUUGCAAUGAGAAAGACAAAUUCUUGUAAGCGCCACCCACUGCCUAGUAUCUUCAAGAAACAAGAACAAAACAAAAAAUUACAAAAAUAUGUGAAGAAAAUAAGUAAACAAACUAACAAAAAGCGAAUAGAAAGUGUUGAAGAGGAGAAUACACACAAACACACAUAACCAAACACAACAUAAAAUCAAUUGGAUGGAUCAAUGAGUUACUAGCAAAACGAGAAUUAAAAAAAAAAACAAACAAUACACACAUUUUAACAUAGUGUGAGUGCGCUGAUUAUCCUGGAAAAAGAAUGCGACCCAAAACGCUACUAAAAAGCCGUUCAAACCGGGUGCUUCUAAAUGUGUAAAGCAUUUCAACCAACGGAGCAGCGCAUUGAAUGUCUAUUUAAAUUUUGUCACAUUACGGCUUUCUGUUUCGAUCGAACUUGGUUGUGGUGGGUAAAUAUGCGCAAAACGAGUACGGCAAUCCAGACAGGCUUCACCGGUAAUGAAGCGAAACGGAAAACGAGAUUGCACGAAGCCGGCUUCGAUUGCCGUCCUGUUCAACUGAUCGAAGCAUGCUUUGAUCAGUGACAUUUGCUGGAACUUGUGUCAGACUCCUGUCGAAAUAGACAGUGGCUUUCGCCAUCCGCGAUCAUUUUCCACAGUCGACUUCGAUCGACCACAAACGUCACACCACAUGCUUCAUUUCAUCCGUUACCUUUUUCCUCAGUGUACAAAGCAUAUUGACAUUAGAAACAAACACACACAGAGAAAACCUUAAUUAUCGGUUAUUGAGCUGUUUUUGAUAAGAAAACACAAAUCACACACACACAUAAACGCGUAAACUGAAGUUAUCUAGACUAAAACUAUUUAAAAAAAAAUGAACAAGAAAAGCGCAUUAUAAAUACAAUUCAAAAAAUGGACACGCAUUUAAUUAAUAAUAUUCCUAGGGGCUUUCAAACAAAUACGGACGCUUGAGGACGCGUCAUUUUUAAGAUUUGUGUUUCUCCCAACAACUCUGAAUGAGAAAAUGCGAGCUGUUUAAUAUGUGCACUCGUGCGUAUGAAAAUGAAACAAGUAUGAAAAUUGAAAUCGACCAAAAACAGACAUCAACAACAACAACAACAACACGAAUCGCUUAAACUACCGAUUGCACUCAAACACAUUCACACAAAGCAACAAGAAAAUCUAUUUUAAAUUUUGAAUGUUUGAUUUCCAUCCGUAAAUAGUAUUCAUAUGAAUUAAAAAAAAACACACUCCACAACAUCAAAUCAUGAAAUUUGAAAAUAUUAAUCUCACAUUUUCCUAAACGCAUUUUUAUGAACAUGAACUCUGACGAAGAAGCAGAAAACCAACCAACCAACUAACUUGAACAUCAACGGAAACAAAGGGAAAGAAAUAAAGACGACAUUUAUAUAAAUGAAAACAAAAAGGGGAAAAUCAAAUCAAUCAAUCGACAGAACUCGUAUUAAAAACCGACGCAAAACUAUUGGAACCAAAUGAAUACAAAUUUUGAACAACGUUUCGCAAAAAAAACUCCUUCCCCGUCAGACACACACACACACACACAUACAUCGGCGGUGCACAAACAGAGGCCGAAUCUUCUUGGUCGUGUCGGGAAAUGGAAGAAGCAAACAAAUUACAACACAACAAGAGCAAAAUCCGUUGAACUAAAAGCUAGUGACAAUUAUCCGUAUGUCGCGUGCGAUUCGAGACGAGACGACGAGAUGUGAAAAUGGAACAACCGAUACAGAUACAAAA